ACCACACGUUUGUUCUGUUUAAGGCAAAACAGUAAAUAUUGCUUGUGACUUUGAUGUCAGAAUAUGCUUCGGUGCCUUAGAAGUGCUAGCGAUUGUCAUUUUUGAUUCGUAAAUUUUUCAGUCUUUGUCGUGGGAAUCAUGAGGAAAGCCCUGAUUUUUACUAUUUUGCUGACGUUAAGCUGUUGUGGAUUCUUCGGUGGAGGGGAAGCAUCUUUUAGACGUGAGUAUUCUGGUGCCAAAAUUGAUCGGAAACUGCGAGAAGCCAACACGAGUUUUCACAGCUAGCAGUCGGUAGAUUCGUUUAUUGCCAUGUCAACAUUUCUGAUGGUGUGUAUUUUUUAUCUCUAGUUUGUAAGUCGGACUUUUUAACCGGGAAGGUGAUUUUGAAAAUUUCUAACGAGAAAUGCGACGGCUGCGAAGAAUUGGAAAAUUGUACAACUCUGGAAGGCAGCAUACAAGUUCAAAUGGUAAGAAAGGCUAGCGAUGCAGUUAUGAAACAACUCCAGUUUCCGAAGUUAACUGAAAUUACUGGACACUUGCUUGUUUCCCUGAUGUACGGUAGGCGAAGCUUAAGAGAGAUUUUUCCAAACCUUGCCGUGAUUCGAGGGCGCCAAGUGUUUCUGGAUUAUUCGCUCAUCAUUUAUCAGAAUGACGGAUUGGAGGAAGUGAAUCUUCCCUCGUUGACUACGAUUCUUCGAGGUGGCGUUCGCAUCGAGAAAAACAUCAAUUUAUGUUACGUCGAAACUAUACGAUGGAAGUCGAUUAUGAGGAAUACGAAGGUCGAUGAAUACACCUUGGUUUUGAACUCAAAUAAUAAUGAUUGCUAUGAUAGAUGCUUCCAACAAAAAUGUACGCCUCCUGCUGGCCACGGGAGUUUAACAAAUCAGUACUGUUGGGCACCAGGUGCAGGUUCAAACGCUGAUUGUCAGGCAUGUGAGUAAAAAUGUUUAUUUUCGCAUUCUAUGGCUUGAGACUGAUGUGAAAAUCACACACAUGAAUUGAAAGAUAAUUUAUUCCGAACAACCCUGUUAUUCUGACUGCUCAUUCAAAUGUCUCUGUUGUUGCUUAAUUAUAAGCUUCAAUUAAAAGCUUAUAAAUAUUGCUCGGUGAUUUACGUUUUAUAAAGUUUUUCUGGUAAACUUGAAAGGAAUGUAUAGUUGAUAUGUGUGUGAAAAUGUACGCAAUUCUCAUCCGUUGCUUUGGCGAUUUUGGCGUUUUUGCGAUUUUUUUUCCUGUGGGAAACCAAUAUUUACGAACAGGAAAAACUCUCACGUCUGUUUUGGCGAACUAAUAGGACUCUUGCAUGUCUCUUUGGCGAUUAAAACGGAUAUAUUAUUCGAUUCCAUGGCUUUUUAUGUUUUCUAGCAAUCAAAUUAUGACAAAAUAAUGUCCUAAGACUCUGCCAAUUAUCUAAUUAGCUCACUAAUAAUGUUACUGCUUUUGUCAAGAAGUUCAUAGAGGUCAAAUAUUUGUGGUAGCUUAUCAAAGUGGGUAAGCAGACAUUUUUUCAUAUGAUUGAUUGAUUAGGAACAUUCAACAGGUUUUCUUUUGAAGGUUACCAUUUGAAUGGCAAUUUGUAACCUCUGUCCCCAUGAAGGCCUGCACAAUCAUUUUUAUGAUAUAAUGCUCUGUACUACACAAUUUUUACUGAAAACAAGUAUCACACAAGAACCCUCAAAUGCCAGGAUGCUCUUUUUGUAGGGUAAUUGAACUGGUUGGAGCACAAUUUGGUCUGAAAUCAUACCUUUGAUUUCAUAAUGGAGCAAGGAGCACAAGUCUCAUUUGAAAUCACAAAAUAUGUUUUCUGACCAAAAUUGCACUCCACUUAGUUCAAUUACCAUUAUUUGUUAAAUAUGUUUUGUAAUCACUGGUGAGCUGUGCAAUCUAAUGGGUCUCUAGCGAUUUAUCCACGAAUGGUGCUAUUUUUUGCUUUAAAUUGCAGUUUUCCCAGCCAGUGAAAAUGCAAUAAUAAAACAAAAUAGCCAAUCAGAUUUUAAGGCUUAUUUAAAGUAGCUGAUCAAACUGUUGGUAAAUGAAAGACAAGUAAGCUGUUGCAUGGCAAAUUUUGCAGCUGUUGUCCCCAAAACUUUUCUCUUUUCCCAAAAAAUAAGGGAUGAAUUGAUUUUUUUAAAGAUUCUCAAUAACAAUAAUGAGAUCCUUUCAGCUGAAGAUCAAGACUUUUAGACUUUCCUUCUUUCAGUGUUUAUUUAAUCGAUUUCUAACAGAAGUGGAAGUAUAGCUCAAAUAUUGGUCAAGUAUCAAUAAAAUAUCAGUAAACCAAAAACUUUAUUAGCUGACAUAUGUAUGGACUGAGAGAUCAACAAACUGCUGCUCUUAACAUCAGCUUUGAAACUCUUUACAGUGGCCAAUUUACCUUAUCAACUCAGUUGAUAAUACUAAAGUACCCUGUUAUACCCUUCCACUGACAUUAAGCACCAUAGUUUUUUCGGAAACUUACCCCCUCUAUUUAUUUAUCAACUAACUUAUCUAGCAACUGUCGACUGAUAAUUUUGUCGACUGAUAUGUCAACUGAUAUAUGCAGCUGGAAACAUCAGCUUUGAAACUCUUUAUGGUGGCCAAUUUACGUUAUCAACUCAAUUGAUAAUACUUAAUUACCAGAUUAUACUCAGUCUCACCCUGAUGCAGCAUCACAGUUUCUUGAGAAACUUGCUCCCUUUACUUAUUUAGCAACCAACAUAUCUGACAACUGUUUACUGAUUUGUCAGAUGAUCUAUGUUAGGCAAGACUUUGUGUGCUACAUGUUACCUCUGGAUUGUAUUUUACUAUAAUAGUAAUUAUGUGGACCUUGAUUAUCCAGAGUUUUCGAUUAUUCAGACUUGCCCUUCUGGUCCCAUCUUUUCAUGAAUAUUGAUACAUCACAUUCAAGAUCAGUAACAACUUUCUUCUAUCAAACACAACAUGUGUAAUGAAACUUCCACUGGAAUUGAAUUUGCUCUGUUUUUGAAGCUGUUGAAUGUAUCACAAAGUGUUUAACAUGGAUGGAAAGACAAAAAAGUGAUGACACUAUUCACCUAUCUUGGUACCCUAAAAAGAAUCAUGUAGUGACCUGUGUGCAUUACAGCAGCUUGAAGCUGAUUUUUGUCAGCAUUUUAGGUUGAUGUAAAACAUUAUUGGUCAGCCCUGAUAAAUUUUUGUAAAUACUUUCAGCGAAUUGUAACAGUUUAUGUGCAAUGAUUUUAAAAUAUGCUUAAAUUCUUGCAUACCAUUAAUAUGUGUUCUCUCUGAAGUUGUUCUGUUUUAUUUUUUGGCUCAGUAACAUUAAUAUUUUUUAUUAUUGGGACUUGCAAUUAUCCAGACCAUAGAAACCAGUCCCCAAGAGUAAGGAUAAUUCAAUUUUGUCUCUAUAAUGUAUAAUGUAUUAACAGCACAGUAUUUUGUUAUUUUCUCUCUGUCGGUGUUUUAUCUGGUAUGAAAUGCUCUUUUGGACAGGUACUCACCAAAGUGUCUCUGUGAGCCUCUUUCAUUUUCAAAUGGCUUAUUUGUUGAGUGCAUGAAACAAACAAACCAAAAUGUUUGAUUUUAAAGUUAGUGCAUUUUCUUUUGUCAGUGUGUGACAUGAAGUGUGGUGACUCAGGCUGUGUAAAUGGAGGUCUGAUUGGAAAGAGCACCUCAUGUUGUGACAAACAGUGUCUGGGAGGAUGUACCAAAACCAACUCACCACAUCACUGUUAUGCCUGCAGAAAUUUCCGUAUGCCAAAAGGGGAGUGUGUUGAGAAAUGUGGCCCUGGUCUGUAUGAGGUACAGAGAAUUACUGUACUUUCAUGAUAUUUGGUUGCAAUGUUCUAAAGUGUGAAAGGUGGUUAAGUAACUGUACCAUAGUUAGUUUGUUGGAACAUUCAUUAAUUGUAAGAAAACAGAAAUCCCAGUCCCCAGCAAGUGCUCAACUGCAUGUACUGAGCUGUUGGGAUAUCUAAAAUAUGAGGAGUUUCAAUAAAAGCUGGGUAGGGGUGGUCUACUGACAGAUUUAUUUUGCCUCACUGAAUGAUCAAAAACUGGCAAGUGAAGUACAACAUAGAUGAAUGCAAAACAAUGCUUAAACUCAUAUUCGAGUGAAUUCAGCAGAGAGCUUUAUUAAUCCCAAACAGUGAUCAAGAUCAAAGAACUGCCAUCAAUAUCGGGUAUUAUCAUAUCCAUGAAGAAAGGCAACAGGGUUUAUUACCUGAUCAAGUCCAUUCUAUUGCAUAGGAAAUUGGUUGGAAUUUUUUUGCGACAAAAUUCUUCAGGAAGAUCACUUCUUAAACACACUGCACUAGUGUGGUAGCCAUUGUUGACCUCUUAAAGUGACUAGCAUCUAAUAUCUCCUACAAGUUCACCCCUGAAUCACACACUGAGGUGAGGAGAGUAAAGGAAAUGAUCACCAACUAAAGACACAGACACUCUUCAUUGUUAAAUAGAUUGUCCUUGUCAGCAGUUUAGGAAAUAUAUACUAUAAAGAAGAGUGUGGAGUAAAGCUUAAUUUAAUUUAGUGAGAUUUUCCUAUUAGAGUGAUUGUUAUUUUACUUUCAGAUUGAUGAGUUCAAAUGCAUAGAUGACUGCCCUCGUGGUUACUUGAAACUUGGAAUGAAGUGUGUGAAAGUCUGCCCAGCAGGCUAUAAAGAAGGAAAAAAUAAAUUAUUGUGUUUGAAAUGUACAGCUGAAAAAUGUCCAAGGGGUAUGUCUAGGGCUAUUUCUUGGGAUUGACAUUAUAAUUUUGUGUUUCAUGACCCACAUAGCAAUUAAAGUACUGGUACAGUAUGUGAGGUAAUGAAGAGUGGGAAACUUAGGUUUCAAACUCUGAUCAACUGCAUCUUGGGUUUGUAUAAGCUUCUUGAAUCCACCUAAGUCCCCUUGUGUGAAGAUGAGGCUUUGUAAACUUGGAAAAAGUCCUCAAUUGCUUGGUUAUCAUGGUGUUACUAUUUCUGGAGAGUUGGUUCAGCCAACAUGGGGUGUGUUGGAAGAUAACAGGGAACUUACCCAAACCAUGAUAGCAGCAAAUCUGCUCACCUACAUUUUGGUGAAGCUGAGGUGUGGUGCCUUACAAGACACUUAACACAUCCAGCCAUUUGCAAUAUUCAAACUAGAAAUAUAACUUUUUAAAUUCACAUUGUUUUCUGUAUUUUUCUUCAAGGUCCCUGUUCUGUCCCUGAAAGCAGUUUUCAUGUAUCACAUUCAAAAUUUACUGCUGAUGUAGAUACUUCCCUCACUUAACUAGUACAAUAUUGUUAAGAUCCUUCUUAACCAUUGACUAUUGUUUUGUUUCAUGUUUUUAUUUCACAGUUUGUAAGACCAAAGAAUCAGAAAAAACAACUGACAUAGAAUAUAAAAUACCAAUUGACUCUCUGGAGACUCUCAAUAAAUACAAAGGCUGCACAGAAAUUGAGGGAAAUCUGAUCAUUAAGAUUAGAGGCAGCGGUGGCUCAGGUCUGUUGACAUUGGCCCUUUCCAGAAUAGUGUAUAUCAAUAUUAAAAUUUCAUUUAUUACAAGAAACUUGUUGUCAUAUCUGAAAACCAGUUCAACCAUUUGAUGGCUAAAUUCUCUACUUCAUAUGCAAAAUCUCUACAAAUUAAAAUUUAAUUUCACAACAGAAAAUGCAAAGUAGAACUUGCAGAAAGAACAGUUAAUAAUCAGUGUAUAUGUUGAUACAAAUGUAUGUUGUUGUUAUUACAUGUUGAUCAUAUUUUUCCCUAUGAUUUAAACUUUCUAUAGGCAAUUAAAUUUCACUUGUGAAUAUUUUGCAAGGAUUUUUAUUCAGGGGGUCUUUGAUUUUGCUUAUUUUACAAUAGCCAAAAACGUGACCUAUGAAAUUAAGUACCACUGAGGUAAUUUUAUCAUAGUGGAGCAACAAUUUUAUCAUAGUGGAGCAACAAGCAGCGAGGCACUACUGUUUAUCUCACAUCAUACAUUUUGAUUUCAAUUGACAUUGGAAGUUGUUAUGUUGUGAGGUAAAGGAAAUACUUCCUUUACCAUUUUUGCUGGUUUUUGUAUUCACGUCAGGGAAUGAGCAGUUACUUGCACAUGGUAAUGACUUGUAGAAGGUUAAAUAUGUUAACAGAAAUUUUUCUGAACUUCCUAGGUAUUGGAACACAGCUGGAGGAGAAUUUAGGGCAAAUUGAAAAAGUGAAGGGCUACAUUGUGAUCAGAGAGUCCGCAUCUCUGACUUCUUUGAACUUUUUCAAGAAUCUGCGGGAAAUUCAUCCAAGGCGUAUCUUUAAUUUUCUCUCCCGCCCCCCAGUUAAAGAAACAGUUUUAUACAAUGAGAGGUGUGUAUAGAAUGAGAGCUAAUGACAGGGAUUUUCUGUGGUUAAAAAGUUGAUAUUAUUAAUCCUUGAAUAAGCAACCUUUGGUGCCUAUUUCAUUCUUAUGUGGAGAGGAAGUUUGCCUAUUUUGAGGGUGUUGCCUAAUUGACAGGACGAUCUGAUUUAAGGCACUUUUCUAGUUGACAGUUGGAACGGCUUGUAUAUAAAAAUAGGGACAGUGCAGGAAGGCACUUAUUCAAAGUGAGUGCUUAUUUCAGAGUUUGGUUGGCAGAAGAGGCACUCAUUCCUAGGGGGCUUAUUCAAGGUGGCACUAAUUUGAGAAUCUAAGGUGAGCCCCACUUUAACCCCAGAGGUCGUGAGAGUAAAGAAAAUAAUUGCUGACUAAGAUCUUGAUUUUUUAACAAGUUCUUCUUGUUUGCAGCAUAGGAAAUGUCUUGAGAACAGUAAGGAGAACAUGCUUUCUUAUAUUGGUGUGCGGAUGUAAGGGGUUGACACAAGCAGUGGCAACAAUGUGUUGAUGAGUACAGUUCUUGAUGGUAUGGACCUAAAAGUUAACCGCUGAUGGUUUGCAUCGUUUUUUCCCUACAGGUAUGCCUUGGCCAUCCGUGAUAACCCCAAGCUAGAAGCCUUGUGGCCAUUUCAACAGAAUCUAACAAUCAUUGAGGGAGGAAUCAUGGUGCACUUGAAUCCGUACCUAUGUCCAAGCCAGAUCACUCCACUUAUCAAUGAUAUUCUGAAGUGGAAUAGGAAUGACAGUAACAGAGUUCUUGAUAUCUCAGACACCACCAAUGGAAACGCUGUAGCAUGUAAGCAUAACAGACAGUUAGUAUAAGAGUCCCCAGGCCUCCCUAGUAAGGAUUGGAAAGCCUUCUGUAUGACUCGUGAUAAUUUGGCCAUAAUGAUUGGCCUGCCGCUCAGUUGGUAGAAUGUCUGACAUAAAUUGAAGCAGUCCCCCACAUUCUUGAUGUGAUUGAAUUUUUUCUUUUUAUUGGCAGGUAAUGUUCGAAAGAUAAAUGUGACUGUAGAAGAAAUUACAUCUCCAAAAGGAUGUAACCCAGUUUGUGUGAAAGUGGAAUGGGACGACGCUAUCAUCAACGAUGAUUACAGAAAUGUCUUGUUUUACACUCUAUCAUACAGAGAGGCGUAAGUGCUUGACUCGGUUUAAUGCCAUUGUCUGUUUUAUUAUGCUCUGUUCUACAUUUUCUAGAGUUAUCAAAUAGUUAACCCUUUCACUGCUAGGAGUGACUAAAAAUGAAUACCUUCUUAGGAUAGCCUUGUGAGCAGGCCUGUAGGACGACGAGUCAGGGAGUGGUUUUCCAGGGGUGAGUGCUAGACCCUUGGAAAACCUCUCGCCUGUUAUAAGAAUUGCUCUUGCCAAAACACAUUUUUGAGCAGAAACGGGAUGAAAGAAAGAGAGAGAGGACUAAGAAGCAACCAAGGGAUAAUGUUUGCUUUAACAUAUUCAAUUCGCAGAGCUAUCAUUCAGGGCUGUCAAAAAGUUUGAAAUUAGAAGGCAAAUAAGAAAUAAUAGGCUGCCAGGUUAUUGUGGCUCCCUUGUCACUUCCCGACAGUUUAUUUUGGCUUCACCGCUCGUAUUUGCAGCUCCCUCCCUAGACGCUUCCGAGAGCACGCGGAUACAAAGUCCACUGGCUUAUGUCACGUAUGCUAAUUCCUGUUAGCCUCGUAAUAAACAUUUUAUUCCGUAACGUCAGUUUGGAUAUUCUCCAUACUGUCCUUACAAAUUCCCUUUGGUCUGACCAGGAGAAUUGGUCCAACAAUUAAGAGCAUCUUUGGGUGGUGAUCAUUUUCUCUAUUCUCAUGACUCAAGUGUUUGAUUUAGGGGUGAUAUUGUAUGGAGAAAUUAGAUGCUUAUUAGUCCAUGAUGUGUAUUAAAUCCUGUAGCCCAAAUAGGCAAAUAACAGAAUAUACUGAUGUGGAUGCCUGUAGCAGCGAUAGUGGAGACAUGUAAGUCAGAUUGACUUGUCACAUUUUGUCCUAGUGGCUAGCAUCUUAAGCAUGGAAAUGAAUGAUACGUCUGUACUGUUCCAGAGCACAAACAAUUGUUGUUUUCUCCAGCACAAUCAUGUAAAAUUAUGUGAAAGGUUAAUGAUUUCGUCCAUGAACAAGUAUGACAUAUACUGUAUGUCAUUCAAUUUCUCUAUUAAUGAUCGGGGAGGGGUGAGUUUGGGUCAAUUUUUGCUGGGUUUGUGCCGUAGGCCACUCUGGUAGAACCCUUACCCCACAGUAGUCUAUUCUGUGGCCAACUAUAGACCCUGUCUUAGUCACUUUUGGUAAUACGGUGACAACGUUUUAACUGCGAGUCUUCCCGUUUUUAAAUCCCUAUUUACGAUAAUUUUCUUGCACCCAAGAUCCCGAAAAUGUGCCCUGCUGAACCAGUUUUACAUGAUCUUCUACAUGAUUUGUAAUAAUCAUCUAUCAGUCUCAAAAGAUUAGGAAAGUGUUCUGUGCUCCAACAUGCGAAUGUGACAAUUUCCAGUUAAAACCUAUUUUGAUAGUUAUUAUUAACCAUUUAGGGAUACAGCGGUUGUAGUAGCCACUUUGUUCCGACAAAUUUUAUUUUGUAGUUUCUUAAAAAACAAACAAGCAAGUGCACUUAUAGAUUUGAUAUCUGAAAUAAAGGCUUCGAAGUCUGUUAGAGAUUAGAAGCAGGGACAAACACAUACAGAAUCUCAUUGUAAUUUUUAGUUUGCCCACGCAGAUCAACUGAUCACUAAAGAUUCAUUGAAUGUAAUUUAAGCGUCAAUUUCAAAGUAUGUUUUGUAUUCUCAUUUACACAGCUGGACGCGAAUUGAUCAUACAGUUCCGCCCCCAGAGUAAGCACACUUUACUAUCAUUUCUUACUGAUUUGAUUAGAGCAAUCUUCAUUUGGGUGACUAAAGUGAUCCGGGAUCGCUUUGGUCUUGCCGUAUAUCGCUGUCUGAUGGUUUACUGGUUUCAACCAACCACUCAAACUAAUAAGUCACGGUUUUUCAAUUUCGAAAAACUUUUUCGGUUAAUUUUAAAACAGAAUGUUUCUCAACAGAAUACCAGUACUUGAAUGAACUUUGUGUUCGAAAAGUCAAGAGGUUUCCUUUUUCUCUACUUUGUUUCCAUUAAAGAUUUCGAUUAACGGUUCAAUUAUCUUUCGGUUAUUUUGCGAGACAGUGGUUGUUUCCCAUGUUUUCUUUUGAAAUUUUGCGCGGGAAAUUGAUGCGCGGCCGGCCGGAAUCGACCCCAUCGCGCAAAUUGGACAGAAUACUGACUUAGUGCCCAUCAUCCAGGAAAAGAUAUGGAAACCAGUAAACCGUCCGGGAAAUUUUGCGAAAUGAAAGUUACUUGUUCGAUGUUAGCAUAUUACAAUAACAAAGAUCUAGCUACUGCUACAUGAUUCAUUUUGUUACGUCGUUUGCAGAGUAAAUGUUUCUAGAGGCUUGAUAACAAAGCGUCGGAAGAUUGAGAGGAUAAUUAAAAAGCUGAAGCCGUAUCAACUGUAUGCCUUUCAAGUUGAGGCAGUUGUACUGAAGAACGAUGGUGCAAAGAGUGACUUGGUUUUUGUUAUGACAAAGGAGAGCAGUAAGUGAAGAAAUCAAAGAUCAGUAUCACGUUCGCUCUUACUCCUACACAGCCUACGGGGCAGGUGCAAUUUUGGCGGGCGAGUACUCGCACCUGUCGACUGCACGACAAAUAUCUAUCUUGCAGAAAACUAUAGCAGCCAUCUUUAAUUUUUAUAGUAGCGGAAGGCUGGAAAGGGAGCGAAAUUUUUGCUAAGGCGGUGAGCGAAGCUCAAAUCGAAGGAGAGGGGGAAAGGGUGGGGCGAUGAAUGUUGUUGGGUGUGGGAAAGGGUAGGUGACCAUUUGCCUAGAUAUUGGCACCGAUCCAAAUUUACUAAUGACCUAUCUAUCAUGCCUCUCUUUCGCUGCGUGCCAAGUUUCUGUUGGAUGUGAUUGUCCUUUCAGAGCCUUCCCAGCCGGUCGGUCUCGAGGCAAACUACCUCAACUCUUCUGCAUUACUUGUGACGUGGGAACCUCCGUUGUUUCCAAAUGGGAACAUAACCAAGUACAUUGUGAGUUACGAAAUAAGUACAUACUCUGCCUGGAAAGCUGAUUUGGAUUGGUGCAGUCGACAGGUGUUCAGUAACAGACUUGGUGGUAAUAACAAUGGAGAGGGAAGCACAGAUAACACUCCUGAUGGUGAGUUUGAAUGAAAUAAAAACUAGCCAAAAUUACUCAUGGCUUGUGCAUAGGGCUAGGGAGUUAGGGGUCUGUUUUGAAAUCCUGUCUGGGGCUAUUGCACUUUUCUCUUUAGUUAGACUUCAUAUUCUAUACCCGCGAGUUGAUCGGGUGUGACCAGUUAUGACCGAAUGGUCAGGAAAAUCUGAAGAAAUACUGGGAGUUGACUUACGGUGGACGAACAUUUCAGACACCCAGUCAAUUGUUGGUAAUUGUGUCAAAUGUAAUAUCUGUUGAGGUCUACGUGACAAAUUGAUUUCAUGUUGCCGAGCACCUGUUCAGUAGUACAGGGCGUGAAAUUAAUUUUUUUUUUCUGGUAGCCACUUGGCUCCUAAAUUCUUCAAAGUGGAAGCCAAUUCAAAAAAAGUUGGUCGCCAUUUUCAAAGACAAACAAAACCUUUUUUCACGCUGUCAUCGUUCUAGAAAUUAAGUUAGGGAAAAGAUCUUUAACUUGCUACAAAGUGGACAUUAGGAUGGAUGAUGUGCUGCGUUUUGGAAAAAACUUAAUGAGGAAGUUUGCUGCGGAUUUAUCUUUGCAGAUAUUUUUAAUUCACUAUAUCUCUAGGUAAGAUUAUGAUAAAAAUUCUAGUCGCCAAUUUGGCGACCAAUUUUCAGGAUUUGGUCGCCUGUAUUAGGCGCAAUUUCACGCCCUGUAGUAGAUAACGGAUGACGUCGAAAUGUGGUAAAUAUAGAGAAGAAUCGUCCAAAUGUGGUAAGAACCCAAACUUGGCACAUGAAACUUACCGUAUUUUGACUUCUUUUGUGAUUUGUUACCGAACAUACCCAUGGUAACAUGAAAUUAGGUUGUGUUAUAUGAUGAAAAAGGAAAAAACGUUUUACGGUAAUGUCAUCUAUGCGUCUUUCCUCCAGAAGAUCAUCAUAAAGAACCAGUGGAGUGUGUUUAUAAUUCAGCCAAUGAUGUAGACGUUGUUGAAUUUGCGCUCACCUAUGAUCUAUCAAGUAACAAGCGCGUAUGUGACGUUAUCACCGGCACUGUUGUCGGCUUUUUAUCGCGUGAAGCGAAAUUCUUACACAUUUUUGUUUUCUUUAACAUUUGAUUUGCUUUCAAUGAUAUCCUAAAUUCUGCAGGAAACUGCGUAACAAAUUUGACUUGUACCUGUGACGAUAAGGAGGAAGAAAAAAUGAAACCAGAAAAACAAUCAGCAUUAUUCGCGAAGGAGUUCCAAGACGUCUUGUACAAAACACUUUUUACGAAAACAGAAGACGACGACGAACCUCCAACAAACAAAACUGUGUUAGCGACGACCGCACCUACCACAGGCUUAAACCAGCCGAACUGCAGUAAUGAUGCACAGGUUAGAUCAAUAACCCUGUACACCCUAACAUCAGUAUGCAUAUUCUCAUAAGUGUUCUUUGUAAAUUUCCUAUGGUGCGGGCAAGGAGAACUUGUUCAAUGAUCAAGCGGUUUUUUGGUUAGGAAUCAUUUCCUUUAUUCUCGCGACCAUAAUGUGUGAUUGAGCAGUGAUAGCGUAGCUAGGGAGAAAUUAUUUGCCAGUCCUCAUCACGUGUAAAGGGCGAAGAGAUAUUCUAGCGAUGGGUUAAUUAAACAGUUGAAUCAAUAUGUUAGUGGAUGAGUUUUAAGAAUUUACGAGAGAGGACUAAAAUCACAGUGGAUACUCAGUUUCUUUCUUUGUUCUUCCUUUGUGACGUACGUAAAACAUCCUUCAGUCACUAUGUAAUGAUGUGAAAUAAACUGCCGACUGUUUUUGGGUUGUACUAUUUCUACAUUACUCAAAAAGUUGAGUUAAAUACUUAAUAAAUAGAUUCGUUAAUGUUGCCGUGGAUCUGUACAGUAAAAGAGCACAGAAGACCUCGAAUGUGUUAAGAACAAUGGAGCGUGUCACCGACGUUAUUAAUCUUCUCUAAUCUGCUACGGUACAGGCCCACGGUAACAUGGAAUUUAUUUGUUUGAUGUAAUAAAGAAGAAAAAGGUUGCUGAUGGUGAUGUCAUCUACACAUCUGUCCUCCAGUAGAUAUUGAGUAAGUACCAAUCAGAGUACGUUUAUAAUUCAGCUUACCAUAGAAUAUACCUCGGUAUUAUGUUCCAGAAUCCCAUGUGUCAGCCUACAACAGCACCAUCUGGUAAAAAGACAACAUCAUCCAAGUUGUCUUCCACAUCAGUUAAACCGACUUCCAUGAGACCCACAGUCCCAGCAACCAAGCCUAAUGCUUCUCUCGCUGUGGAUGGCAACGUUAAUAAAAUCCCUUUAACAAACCUGAGGCACUUCUCUGACUACACAAUCACUGUAAGUAUAAAUGUAUGAGGCUACGUUUGCGCAAUGACUGCUCGUUGCGCUGCUGAAUUACUUAAACCAAUUUUAAAAUUGGUUGGAUUUUGAGGGGAAGAUUUUUGAGUACAUUCCCUCUGAAAUGAUCGAGUCCACCAGCUCGUUGCCACAGCAGGGUUUCCCGGUUUUAUCCUUGUGUCGCGACUCGAAGAAGCGCAGGUAACCCAGCAGCAAUUCAUCAAAUUUUCUCGAAAGUUGCUGUCGCUUGUUUAUACACCUGGGCUAAAAGACACACUGUGAAAGUAAAUUGUCGUGUCCAAGAACACAACUAAGAUACCGGGCCAGGGGCUUAUUUCUCUAAAUUUUCGGUUACAACCGGUUCCGCAAAGCUGGUUUUAUUUUUCGUGUUUGCAUUCAAAUCGAGGUUUGAAAACUUUAAAAUUCAAAUUAUAGAGAUUUGAGUAAAUUUAACGAAAUGUAUUGUUUUUUGAGUUAAGACCCGCAAUACUCUUCCUUAGCUAAAGAUAUGUAAAUUAUGGCUUCGGUUCCGUAAUGUUAGCAGGACUUUCGAGAAGCAGGCAACGGAACUUGCGAUUUGGUGUCCAGUGCGCUUACAUGGCGCUUACCGCCAGGGCACCUGUUCUUUCGCGCGCUCUGACGCCUUAAUGACAAGGGUUAAAGUCAUUUUCGUUUUCAGAUGUUUAGCCGAUUAACCAUAGAGAUGAUGAAAGUAGCUUCCUUAUUUUGUUCCUUGGCGUGACGUAAGAGAUGUGUGACUGUCACCGUGGUCUUUUUCUGAGGCGUCACGCGUCACGCACUGAGGCGUCACGCAAUGUUCCAUUGUGGAUUGUCACAAAGCGAUUAAGAGCUGACAAUAUUACUAAACUUUUAACUGAAAGAUUACCGAUAGAAAGUAUUGAAAUUGGUCUGUUGCUACGUUUUUUAGGUCUGUGCCUGCACAAAGGUUGGAUGUGCAACUGGCUCUUCUUGUGCCACCACAAAGGGAAUGACAAACAAAAACGGUGAGUGAUAUAGCAUAGGUUAUUGUGGCGUAAUGUUUCCACACAAAGCCCUUUACUCCUUAACAUCAAUAUGCAUAUUCUCCAUACUGUUCUCCUUACAUUUCCAAAGGUGAUGACAAGGAGAAGUUGUUAAAAAAAUCAGGAGCUUUAGUUGGUGAUCACUUCUUAUAUUCUCGUGACCUUGAUGAGUGAUUCAGGGGUGAUAUUGUAAGGACAAAGUAGAUGCUGGUCACUUCAAGGGUUCAAAAUGUUAAGGAACCAAGUAGCCCAUCCCGCUGGAGCUUAUCCCACCUUCCAUAGCAUGAAGCAGAAAAAGAGUAUCACUACUCUCCCCUGGAUAGGAUGCCAAUCCAUGGCAAGGUUAACCCCCCCCCCCCUUCAACUUUUCAUUUCGUUUCCCUGACAGUUCGCUAAUACCCAUUUAUACUCCUGGGUGGGUGGGGAGGGUGGGGAGAGGCACUGUGAAAGAAAACUAUUUUACCCACGAAAGCAACGCAAAUGACUCGGCCAUGUCUCAGUACCGAAACCUGACCUUACCUGACCUGACCUUUUUAUGACAUUUAUGAAGUUGUUUAAGCCCGUCUUUUUUCUGGUCUUGAUUUCAGAAACGGCCGACAAUCUUGGAGGACCCCUAAAAGUCAAGAUGGACAACAACACUGGAAAAGUAAGCAUAUUUCUUGUUAUGAGGUUAAUUGUUUUCAUUGCAACCCACAUUACUUUCCUCGACUGGUGUAACGUUACUCUUCAAUAAUGAAGUUAGUCGAGGACCGAGUAUGGCUUUUGAAAACUUCAAAAUGGAAGAGUCUUUUAACAGGUUCCAAAGAAAAUGGCUGGUUGCGGGGAUGGUGCAGUGUCGAGAGCGCUCGCCUCCGACUGUUGUGGCAUGCAUUCGAUUUCUGGACGUGGCGUUCCAUGUGGGCUGAGUAGUGUAUUGAUACUCGUCAUUGCUCCUAGGGUUUUCUCCAGGUCCUCCGGUUUUCAUCCUUCUACAAAAACCAACAUUUCAAAUUCCAAUUCGACCAGGAAACAGUGAACAAGAAUAGCCACCGCGUGGAUGUUCACUGCUAAAUUCCGUGAAUUUCCAUCACUCGAUUGCUUCUCAUGAGGCUCUUGUCAUGGCUAAUCAUGGCAUUUUAGAGUUCUCUGUAGCUCAGUGGUUGAGCAUCAGAGCGCGGAAUCCGAAGGUCAGGGUAUCGAAUUCUCGUGGAACAAAGAAAAAAUCUGGCAGAUUUUUGUCUUUGUUCCAGGGUCGUGACAAAUUAAUUUAGAUAUUUCUAUGCAUUAUAUCUGCCACAGUUUCUAUUAUCAUGGGUUUCCCCAAAGGACCCAAAUGGAGUGGUGCUCAAGUAUGAUAUAAAGAUAACACAGGUAUGCUUGUAGAAGUGGUUUUGUUAGUUUUCAGUGAAUCGAAUGACUAGCCUACGAGUAGGCUCUCGUCAUAAGCGCCGCACGACGCGUGUUUCUCCUCCCGCGGGAAGACUGGACGCGAGUCGGGGGGAGGUCGGCUGGAGUCUGGCACUAAUAAAGAGGGUGUUUCACCCCUUGCAGACCUCUCGUUGACUCUCAUUCAUCAAGGCCUCAUUCUUCCCCGCAGGCAAAGAAACGCUCGUGCUGAAGCGCUUAUAAUGAGGACCUUCGCACAGGCCAUUAGAAGAUUGUAUGUUACUGUGCGUGCCGUUUUAGAAUAGACUGGUUUGCGAGACCUAAGCUUCCAAGACCAACUGAAAGUGCUUUGGAAGGAUUUGGGUAAUGAGUGACCUUGCAGAUCAAAGAUUAUCAUCGGAUAACCUUGAUUUUAAACCAUAGUUUGAAACCAACGUAGGUCAUCUUUUUGAAACGUGCUUUGAAUGACAAAAUUGCUCUGUCGUUUAUGAUCAAUAAUUUAGUAAAAAAACAGAAUAAAAUACAUGUGCAAAUAAUCAUAUUAGCCAAAUGAUACAAACACCAAGAGCACUUUGUUUUUACAUUGAGUAGCUAGAGACAGAAUUCCAAAAAAAUCAACAAAUGACUUUAAUUUUGAUUUGUAAAUUAAUCGACCCUUAGGAGCUGUAAACUACAAAUAAAUUUAUACACCCACACGCAGGUAUUACGAGAGAAAAAUACUCUGUACCAUAAGUAGCCCAUAGGAAGUCGAGGUAGAUAUGUCAACUGCCUUAAGCGCGGAGAGGAGCGGGUGAGCAAAGUGCGGAUGGAUUUAUUUUUUGCUUCUGAUUGGCUGAGAUGGUGGCGUGAGGUUGAAAAACCAAUCGUAGAUUGAUGUCAUGGCACUCCCACACUGCUUUCCGCAUUCAAAUGCGAAAAAAAAUACCUUUUUGUUUCAUUGUAUUUCUUUUUCAAUUCUUAGUCGGACUCUCAACCUGAAUUCAAGUGUGUGAGUGGCAAAGAGUUAAAAUACCAAGAGAGAGUAGAAGAUGGAAACUAUUCUGCCCAAGUUAGAGCUAUUACCUCGUCCGGCAAUGGAUCGUGGAGUAACACUGUGUCUUUCUCGUAUUUCAUUGAAUCGCAGUCCACAGGUAAGUUUAAAGCUAUUUUUUGGUAUAGUUCCUAUUUCUCCAAAGCUACCGUAAAGCUGUCGCGCUUGCUUUGCAAUCCUUCUCCCAAAAGUCUUCCGAGGUGAUAAGAAACUCUGUUUUACAGCGAGGUUAAAACGAUUUUUAUUCGGCAGUCCUUAAUUGACAAGAAAAGUUCGGCGUCCGGCUUUAUUUUGAAGGAACGGCUUUUGGGAAUUUGGAAAAGGCUUAUGUAGCGGCAGUAAUUAUAUGAAUUUCACGAGUACAACAAGACUGUUUGCACCAUUCUCCAUUCUAACGAGAACCAAGUGAAGGAACACAAGUGGAUGUACUACAGAAGGGAUAGUGGUUAUUCAAAUCAAGUGUUUCUCAGUAAAUAUCCGGGAAACGGAUUAAAAAGCGUGCAGAGGGGAACUGGUACUAACUCACAAGCCGGCUCUCAGACUUCUUUGCAGCCGUUCUUUGGAUGUCACGCAGCCCUUUCUUUAAAAGAAAGGGUACGAUUGUGCGACAUCUGAACGGACGACUAAGAGGGAGACCAGGCGCUUUUGAACCGUGCCCUAACUUCGGUUGGCUUGGGUACCAGAGAGACUUCGUUUCGUAUAAGGUGCAAACACAAUUUUCACUAGGUUGUAAUUCUCUGCGCCACGGAACGCAUUCGUACCUUGUCAAAUGAUUUUGCUUUUGUGUUUUGUUGCAGUACCUCCCAUUGGAGAAAAAGAUGCGUUGUCCCUAGGGACUAUAGUGGGAGCCAGCUUGGCUGCUAGUGUUGUGUUUGUGUUAGCUUGUGGUUUUGUUGUGUGGUACAUUGCUCGUCAAAGAUACAAGAGGUAAGGUAGCGCUGUUCACUAUUGCCAUGGUAACAGUAACUCAUUCUUCAACAUGAAUUCACAUGAAUGACAAAUUCUUGGUUCUGUUUUGAAAAAUUCCAACAGGGUUUCUAGAAAGAAAUUUUUAAAUGCGCCAAAAAGUCUCGAAAAGGUUAACCAAGUUAUGGCAGACUUGUAGGGUACAGAAUUUCAAUGAAUAACCAUUUUCUGCCCGCAAAUGUCGCCCAAUUGAAGAAGAAAGGCAUGAAAGGAAAUUUAAAUAAAUGAAAGGAAAAUCGUUCCUUGCAGUUGUUUUAUCCAACAGUCGGAAUUUAUUUCUCUGUCUUCCAUUGCAAAAGCCCAAGUUUCAAAUUACCUUGUGGUAGGCCUUGCUGUUUUCUAUUUAAGCUCAGCCGAGCUGUGCGCGUUCCUUCCAUCAAAGAUUUCAUGAAUGUAUUCAAAAUAGCUCAUCACAUGCUUGCCUUUUCUACGACCGCUUUUCCAAUGCUUUGUUUGAUCACAUCAGGUACAGCGAUGAACAGAUCCCGGGUGUACUUUAUGCCUCUGUUAACCCAGAAUACAUGACAUCAACAGACGGUAAGGGGUAAUUGCUUCCUCAAAGAUCUUCUUUCUUUUUUUUCUUUUUUCUCUCCAACAGUUCGGUACGUUCUAACUGGAUGAAUCUUAUUUUUUUUUCAAUAUUUAAAUAAAGAGAUCAUUUGCAAGUACAUCGACUCUGUGAGUCCCACAGUGUAUAGGGUGAUGUCAACAUGGGAAAUUUUAGAUUACAUCCCCAUCCCAACCCCAAUCUUGUUCUCCUUUGCCAUCGUAUGUUGGUGUGGUCGCGCAAUACGUUCUCUCCUUCUGGAAAGUGUGUUGCAGUCCAGACCAGACAUUGGAUUCGACUAGAAGGAAAUGGACGCACGUCAUUCAGGGGGGCUAUAGAUUUACCCUCAGAGAGAAAACCCAAUUAAUUUUUCUUUCUUUUGAAGGGAAAUUUCAGUUUACUCUUUAUCUUCUCUGCCAUAGAAAAUGAAUAAAAACUUCCUUUUAUCCGUGAGAUUCAACUGAAUGGCAGGCCGGGAAAUUCCUAAAUCAACUAGGAGGUCUGCCAAUCAUAUUUACGCGCGCGUGAGUGGAAUAGAGUUUUAAUGUAAACUUUGUUGAACCCUCUUUUUUUGUGAUUGCAGUGUACAUUCCUGAUGAAUGGGAAUUCCCCCGAGAGAAAAUCAAACUGGUUCGUGAAUUAGGAAAUGGUUCCUUUGGGAUGGUUUACGAAGGAGAAGCUGAAGAUAUUACCCCCGGUGAUCAAAUGCGUAGAGUGGCUGUGAAGGUAUUAAAUCUGUUUGCUUUCUUGAUGUUUUCUGUCGUAAAGCGAAUUUAAGUUAAACAGACGUGAAGGAUGUUUACAGGAAAUAUAAAAAUGUCGUCUUUUUUUUUUAACUCAACUUGCGUCAUUUUUUAGCAUUUGUUUCCACUCUCAAAAUUGAAGCGGCAAUGAACUGACCAUCCAGUGUAAAAUCUGCUCAAACAUGGUGGCUAAAAUGAUCAUCAACCUUUUUACAUUACUUCAAUGUACGCAUUUUUAUUUGGCUAUCGAAGGUAAUCCUAAUUUGGUAAACAGAUAUUCUUCUGUGAUUGGCCCAAGAAUUCAAACCAUCUUCUCACAGAGUUUGCACGGGUCCUGGAAAGCCUAGAAAGUCAUGGAAUUUAGGUUUGGCCCCGGGAAAAUCAUGGAAAGCCAUGGAAUUUUCACAGCUUAAAAGUGUGCGAACCAACCAAUCAGAUUCAAAAGUAAAACCCAUCUUGUCUUAGCACUGGCGUUUUCCUGCGUUUCAGGCAGUUGACGGGUAAUCACGGGAUUACCAUUUGAUCCGACACUUAAUUCUCAGGACUAAAAUUAUAAGCAAUAUGUGGCAGAUAGUGAGGGGAAUUACUAAAGAGAUCUUAGGAGUGAAAGGGUUAAAGACUUGCUCGAUCGUUCAAUGUGUUAUUUUCCUCUUUACAGACUGUAAGUGAAAAUGCGUCGAUUCGAGACAGGGUGGAAUUUCUUCAAGAGGCGUCUGUUAUGAAGUGAGGGUUCAUAAAUUGUCGUAUUCAGUUUUUCAGUACAGCUACUUGGCUUCGUAUUUUCAGGUCUAAUUUAAUCACUGUUUUAAUUAAUUCUAAAAUGAUUGACGCCUUUGUGGCGACUAUAAGAGGCUGUAGUUAUAGCGUUAUAAGAAAACAUUAAACUUGAAAUUCCUGAAAAAAAUCCCUGAAAUUGGUGUAAUGUAAACAGAGCAAUAAUUUCGGCGGUCACAAAUUUCUUAGUGACAAAACAACGUUAGUGUGCCACGAAAAGUCUCGGUAAUAAAAGCAGGAACGAAAACUUAAGAAGUAGAUCUUCACAUUUUUGUAAUAAAAUUUUGAAGUGGAUGGCAGAUGUGACCCUUGCGUUAUAUAUCCUUGUUACUUUUUAUAUGGCGUUAACCAUCCGUACAAAUUCCACCAUCACAUUUAUCAAGUCCUUCUCUGUGUCUUUGUUCUCUUUUCAGACAAUUCUGUAGUAACCACGUGGUAAGGUUGUUGGGUGUGGUCUCAGAAGGGCAACCUACUCUUGUUAUCAUGGAGCUUAUGGAACUGGGAGAUCUUAAGAACUUCUUAAGGUCUCGUCGGCCAGGGGUAAGAUCUCGAUUUUAACGAACAUUUAGCGGUGGUUAUACUAGGAUUUUACACUUGAGUGAAGCGCGACGGAAGUUUGGCGACCGUGUUUUGACUUAAAAGUCGUGUUGAUGUCACGGGUAACAGGAUCCAGCGGUUACCACUGGAAACGAGGAAGGUUGCCCGUGACGACCUCGUCGCCAAACUUUUUUCUGUGACUCACUCAACUGUCGAUCGAAGUAAAAUGAUAGAUGAUGAUAAUAACGGUUUCAACUGUUGAACAUUUCUCGCAAGCAUGGGACUUAAAAAAGAUAAGACUACCCACGGGUAGAAUCUUGGGAAGGACGAUGAAUUUCAUGGAGUGAACUGAAAUAGAAAAGACACGAAGAUAAUCGAACUUAACCCUUUACCCCCUAACAUCAGAAUGCUUAUUCUCCAUACUGUUCUCCAUACAUUUUUAAAGAGGCUGACAAGGAGAAUUUGUUUAACAAUCAAGAGUUACUUUAGUUGGUGAUCAUUCCCUUUAUUCUCAUGACUUUCAUGUUUGUUUCAGGGGUGAUAUUGUAAGGAGAAAUUAUAUGCUAGUCACUCUUAAGGGCUAAAGGGUUAGGGAUGCCGUGUGGAAUUCAAUCUGCAUGGAAUUGGGACCAUUCAUCAUCAAUUUUGAUCAGAUUAAUUUUUUUCCUGAUUAAACAGGAAGGAACUCUGCCACCUCCAACGCUUCAAGAACUUAUCCAAAUGGCUGGAGAGAUUGCCGAUGGGAUGGCGUAUCUUGCGGCUAGAAAAUACGUGCACAGGUAGGAUUUAUACCUCAUAGCUGCCUUGCAAAUAGACUAAGUGUCUGAACAGAUUGACGCGUGGGCAACUAUCCAGCUGUUCAUUAGAUUCUUGAAAUUUUUACACUGAAAGAAGGUGGCCAAGGUAAUAUGUUGAGCCAUUCCCAGGCCCAAAAGUCAAGUCUUAACGAACUCAGAAUGUGACAAUUUUCCAGUUGAAACGUUCAUAUUUCCUUGACGUAUUAGAAUCAGGAUCUUUUCUAACGGAAUACUUCUUUUGUUAAAGAGAUCUCGCGGCACGAAACUGCAUGGUAAACGCGGAUUUUACUGUUAAAAUAGGAGGUGAGUUUUUAGUUAUUCAAUCCUUCUAAAGUCUGUCAUGUGUUCAAGUUGGGUCGUCAUGUCUUUGAUGUGUUUGUGUUUCAUUUGCUAUCGUGGUGGUAUAUAUCUUUUAAAUGAGUAUCUAUAACAUUGUCUUAACAGAUUUUGGAAUGACCCGUGAUAUUUACGAAACAGACUACUACAGAAAAGGAGGAAAAGGUAGCUUUAUUUAGUUAAUGCAUUCUUUCCCCAACUGUGAUUACCUUUCAAUUUUCCGACAUCCUUAGUUUGUCGAGUUCCGAUCUAUGAGACCUAGACCGAGAACCACAGCUCGUGUCUCCUCUAUCUUCUAUGCGCAUGUAGCCAAGAUUAGAGGGAAUUCAACUUUCUCCUAGUUACAAUUUCAAUCAUCCUUUAGGUUUGCUUCCUGUGCGGUGGAUGGCGCCUGAGUCUUUAAAAGAUGGUGUUUUUACAAGUUAUAGCGACGUUUGGUAAGUUGGAGAGAGGUUGCUUGAGAGAAAGUAUGAUAGUAUUCACAGCAUUUUUGUGUGAUUAUGCACUGUCAAAGCAAUUUCCAGUUGAGUGACGAAAGAAAUCUUUGAUUUCUUUGUUUUUGCUUUACUUCGUUAUUUUAUUGUUCCAGAAAAUUCGCGCCACUUUCACAACCAAUUAGAUUCAAAACCAAAACCAGUGGCGACUUGGUCCCUCGCACUUUUCCGCGCUUUAGGCAGUUCCUUUUUUAUACUUUGAUUUCUCAUUGGCCCCUCGUGAUAUCUCUUUUCCUAUAAUUGGUUGUCGUGAAUGAUUCGGUUUUGUUUUACGACACUCAAUCGAGAAGUGUCCUUUUUUCCAACCCGAGCUUUUGAAAACAUGACGUUAAGGUGCGAUGCCAAACUUGAUAAUUUUUCUUUGUAAUGUAGCUCAACAGAACGCUGUAACUAUAUACAAUUUUUGCCUGUUAUAGGUCGUUUGGCGUGGUGAUGUGGGAGAUGGCUACAUUGGCAGCCCAACCCUACCCUGGAAAGUCCAAUGAAGAGGUCCUUAAAUAUGUGGUGGACGGGGGAGUGAUGGAGAAACCCGAGGAAUGCCCUGAUAGGCUGUAAGUCACGUGGCUGUUAGCUUAUGUGUAGUAUGUUGUUUGGCUCUUUUGGUUAAAGACAGUGAUCUCACCUUGAGCUACCUUUUUCUUCAUUAGGGAAAAAAUAUUAAUUUAUCAAACCAAAAGGAAAUCCUGCUAUACAGGAUAAAGGAGCUUCCCACGGAUUUUCUGAAUGACAAAUUUCAAGAUAUUGUAUUGAAUUUUUUAAGGAUUGUUACACUGAACGCUCUAUCGCCUUCAAGGUUCUCAUCCUAUAAAUUUCAAACCCAAACUAACUAGUAACUAGUUUCAAAUUUUUCCUGUCAAUAACCACCCUGAAUCACACGUAAAGGUCACGAGAAUGAAGGAAAUGGUCACCAACUAAAGAAGCUCUUGUCGAUGAUUGUUAAGCAGAGUCUCCUCGUCAGCGCCUAAGGAAAUGUAUAGAGAACAUUAUGGAGAAUAUGCAUACUGAUCUGAGGGUGUAAAGGGUUAACGCAUGCCGAGAUUUUCGAGUUCCGUUUUUCCAUGUAAGUUCCGACAGUACUUGUACGUUGACUUGUGACAUUUAUGUUGUGGCUUUCGUUUCAGUUACGAGUUGAUGACACUUUGCUGGCAGUUUACUACCAAAGCCCGACCGACCUUUGUGUUUCUCAUUAGUGUGCUUGAGAACGACUUGUCUGAAGACUUCCGACAUCUCUCUUUUUACCACACUCUCCCAGAAGACCAGCUAAAAGGCCUAUUAAGCAGUCAUUACAAGCACAAGAACAGAGCUGAAACAACGGGCUCUACUAACAACGUUGAAUCGGCGGCUUAAUGUAUAAAACGAUGUUAAGAGCUGCCUUUUCGCCCUAGUUUAUUAUAACUAGAGCUCUUCGCUGUCAAAACCUUGUGUUAUGUAAAGAACCUUCUACUAUUUCGAUAGGUGUUUUAUAAUAGCAACAAAGUAUGUAUUUGGAUGCCUUCUUAUGCUACUAUUUCCUCUGCCCGAUGAAAAAGUAUUUACGAGAAAUUUCGGACGUUUUUUAGGUCAGAACGUGUAAAGGUGACUUCCAAACUCCAGGGGAGUCUAGGAAAUAAGCUCUAUAUCCCUUGGGGAUUUGGAUUUUCACAACAACAUUCGUCGAUACCUGUAAGUAAAUUGUGAAAAAAAAAAUGAAAAAAAUGAGACCCAACUUUCAUCCCGAGGAAAAGAGAAGAAAAAAAAAGCCCUUAGCUAAGCGAUAGUCUGAUAAAUUAAUAUGCUGUCUAGAUCAUUCUUUGGAAGUUGGCUGUAAGAAAUUGUCAUACAAAGAAAAAAGCUAUAUUAAAAUUAAAGUAUUCAUCUCUGUACACACACAUCUUCUUCUUUGGAAAAAGGCGCGAUGAAAGCUGCAGUCUGGAAGUGAACCAACGUUACGAUGAC